GUGCGCAAACGCUGGCAAUGACGCGCGCGCUUUAGUCAUCGUCUGUACGCGUGCGAGAGUCGCCGCGCUUCCGUUUUCAUUUUCACUCUCACACCUAUAGCGUGUACGUCACACCGAAGACGCUAUUUUCCUAGUUUUGCGAUCGCAAAGACACAUGAUCAGACAGGAAACAUUCAUGGUGCCAUUAUGGGUUGUGGCGCUUCAGUAUCCACAGAGAACCAAGGAAAUCCAUCAGAAAUCGCUCCUCAUGCAGAGUUGAUGGUCAAGCCUCCAAGCCCGAUACUGGUGAUGAAAGCUGCCAUACUGAUCCAGCGCUGGUACCGGCGUUACAUGGCACGGCUCGAGAUCAGGAGACGUUACACUUGGAACAUCUUCCAGUCCAUAGAGUACGCAGGAGAACAAGACCAGCUGCAGCUUUCCAGUUUCUUCAGCUUCAUGUUGGAUAACUUCAAACAGCUCAGUGGGAACGGACCAGAUCUGAUCUCUCACCUGCUGGACCCGGCGCUAGACCCUGUAACAGAGGAACUCCGACACUACAAGUACGAGCAGAUCGCUGUUCCUGAGUCGUACAGCGGCCCUCGCCUCUCCUUCCCCCUGAGCGUCACCGAUACCAACACCCUGCUCAGCGCCUUCAAGGAGCAGCAGAUUCUCCAUGCCAAAUACGUGCUGCAGUUACUUCACGAGACGCAGAAGUUUCUAAAACAGAUGCCAAACGUCAUUUACCUGUCGUCGUCCUACGCCAAGGAAAUCACCAUCUGCGGUGACUUACAUGGAAGACUAGACGACUUGCUCCUGAUAUUCUAUAAGAAUGGUCUGCCAUCUGCUGAGAACCCCUACAUCUUCAACGGGGACUUUGUGGACCGUGGAAAGAAGUCCAUGGAAAUUAUCAUCAUCCUAUUCGCCUUUCUGCUUCUCUAUCCAGAUCACAUGCACCUCAACCGAGGCAACCACGAGGAUCACAUCAUGAACCUGCGAUACGGCUUUACAAAAGAGGUGAUGCAGAAGUACAAGACCCACGGAAGAGAAAUCCUCCAGCUCCUUCAAGACGUCUUCAGCCUGCUCCCGAUAGCGACGAUCAUCGAUAACAAAGUCCUCAUUGUUCAUGGCGGCAUCUCAGAUGAAACCGACUUGGACUUUCUGAGCUCUGUCGAAAGACACAAGGUCAAGUCAGCUUUGCGGCUGCCCAAGUGUAGUUUGGAUCAAUUGCGUGUUUGCAAUGAUGAGGGGAAGCGCAAGAGGAAGAGCCGCCUCACCUGGCAGAGCAGCAGCUCUUCGUCGUCGUCGUCCUCCUCAGUGUGCUCACCCCGACUAUCGCGGUGUGCUCCCCCAUCACCCAAACUCCCUAGCCCUGCUGACAUACUCCAAGUUCCUUUCCUCGACUCUAUAGUGUCCCUCGCUCUACCUGAGGCACCCAGAGAAGAGAUGGAAUGGAAGCAGAUUGUGGACGUGUUGUGGAGCGACCCAAAGAACCAGAACGGAUGCAGUCCGAACUCGUUCCGUGGAGGAGGAUGCUACUUCGGGCCUGAUGUCACACGGCGGCUCCUUGAGAAGCACGGCAUGUGCUUACUUAUUCGAUCACAUGAGUGCAAGCAGGAGGGCUAUGAGCUCUGUCAUGAUGGACAGGUAAUCACUAUUUUCUCUGCAUCCAACUACUACGAGGAGGGCAGUAAUCGUGGUGCAUACAUAAAGCUGGGUCCCGAUCUGAUCCCACGUUUCUUCCAGUAUCAAGUGAGCCGUAGCACCAGGAAGCUGACUUUGCAACAGAGAGUCAGUGUGGCUGAAAGCUCAGCUCUAAAGGCUCUGCAAGAGAAGCUGUUUGCCCAUCGCUCUGAACUCAUGACUGCCUUUCAGCAAUAUGAUAUCUACAACACAGGCAGGAUCUCUACCAAUGAAUGGGCUCAAGUAGUGGAAUCAAUUCUGAGGUUGGAUCUUCCAUGGCGUACUUUAAGACCACGACUUGUGCGUCUGGCCUCUGACGGCAGCGUAGAAUACGAGUCAUGCUUUGAAAACAUUGGUCCAGGGCAACCUAUUCCACAGGUUGCCCCAAACUUAGCAGAAACUUUGUACAGGUAUCGAACUGACCUUGAGAUCAUCUUCAACAUCAUCGACAAGGACCAUUCUGGUCAGAUAUCCAUUGAGGAAUUCCGCCACACGUGGAAACUCUUUAGCUCUCACUUGGGUGUAGAUGUGGACGACCGAGCCAUCGAAGACAUGGCACGCAGCAUCGAUUUCAACAAGGACGGCAGCAUCGAUUUCAACGAGUUCCUCGAGGCUUUCCGAGUCGUACAUAAGCUGGACAUGAAGGAGCAACAACAAGGCUGACACACAAACAUACUCAACUGAGAAAACACACUGAAAUAAAACACUGUUAAUCAAUAGUGCAGAUAUUACUUCAUAUGAAAGUUAACAAUACAGA